AUCAACUCCCUCUCUCUCACCCCCACUCUCUCUUCAGUCCAAGUUCCCUUUCUGUAUCCAUCUCUUUCAUCUAUAUCUCUCUAUAUGUAUAUACAUAUAUCUCCUACCCCCAAUCACUUUAUUUUCAAUCUCAACAAUCAAAAUGCCAAAUAAAAUCAUUACUUCCCAUCAAAAAACCCUAUCAAAACCCAUCAAUCGCCGCGCUCUCUCUCUCCUCCACCACCAUUCUUUCUCUAUCUAAAAUCCUUGGCUAAAAAGAUGCAGAACCCACGCCGAAAUCAAUCUCCGUCUUCUGACCCAAACCCACAAAGUCGUUUUGUGGGUCAAUCCGAUGCUUUUUCUAACCUAUUCCUAGACGAUGCUUUUUCUCAACUCGGCCUCUCCUCCUCCUCCUCCUCCUCCGCCGCCGUGUCUCGCGGCCAACCGUCUCUUUUUCCGGCGAGUCUCGACGACCCAGAGUCUUAUUAUUCGAUUGUCAACGAGGGUUUGUCUUCUCUUUCGUUUCAGUCCAAUGACGAGUUGGAGAGGUUGAUGAUGCUUCAGAAGGUUGGGAAUGGCGGCGAUAUGGGUUUCGGUGGGACCCACAGGAAUCCGACGGCGGCGACUGGUUCGUAUCGGACGGCUGCGAGGGAGCCAUGGCGCACAGAUGAUGGGGUGAAUUCGCUUUCUUGGUUUUCUCGAGAGAAUAAUGGGUUUUUCUUGCAGCGCAAGAAACAAUUGGGAAAGCUACUCAAUUCUCAGUUCCCAAUUUUGCCCUGUUCUAACAGACCCAGUUUCUUCACUGAUUUUGAUCAGCGUUUUGAUGGUUAUGCUUCUGAUAGUUCAAGUGUUUUGAUGCCCAAUUUGUAUACUCAGAUUUCGCAUCAAUCGCCCCAGUAUCUGGAUUACUUGUCUUCGGAAGAUUUGCGGAGACAUGUAAUUACUUUGGCGAAAGAUCAACACGGGUGUAGAUUACUGCAAAAAAAGUUUGAGGACCCAAAAGAGGAAGAAAUUGAGGCCCUCUUGUCCGAGGUGAUAGACCAUGUAGGGGAGUUAAUGCGGGAUCAAUUUGGGAAUUACCUUAUUCAGAAGCUUGUGAAGGUCUGCAAUGAAAAACAGAGGACUCGCAUUAUUCUCUCUGUCACCAAGUCUCAAUUUCAACUCAUCAGUAUUUGUCUCAGCCCGCACGGAACUCGAGCUGCACAGAGGUUGUUGGAGCAUAUUACUAGCCAACAGCAAAUUUCAUUGGUUAUUUCAGCUCUAUGCCCUGGUGCAGUAGCAUUGGCCACUGACCCCAAUGGUUAUCAUGUGAUCCAGCAUUGCUUGGCAAAUUUCUCUACUGAAGAUAAUAAGUAUCUUCUCAAAGUGAUGGCAGAUAACUGCUUCGAAAUUGCAACCAACAAAAGUGGGUGCUGUGUGAUGCAAUCGUCUGUGGAGAACUCUCAGGGAGAAUAUAGAGAACGUCUUGUGUCUGAAAUAAUAGCAAAUGCUCCUCACCUAGCAGAAGAUCAAUUCGGCAACUAUGUGGUGCAACAGUUACUGGGACUGAAGAUACCUGAAGUCACCACUAACCUUCUGCGACAGCUUGAAGGGACUUAUGUAUCUCUGUCCCGCAAUAAGUAUGCUAGUAAUGUUGUGGAGAAAUGUUUGGCUGAAUCAGGAGAAGAGCAAUCCUCACGGAUUAUAAUGGAGUUGCUCAGAAAUCCAAAUGUUUGUAUGCUUCUAGUGGAUCCUUUUGGAAACUUUGUCAUUCAAUCAGCAUUAUCAGUCUCUAAGGGAGUUAUCCGCAAUGCUCUGGUUAAUUUAGUCCGGAUGAAUGCUCCAUCAAUGCGCACCAAUCUUUACGGGAAGAAGGUCCUUUCCUGGUUCAACAAGAUGAAGCUGCAACACUUAGUAGAGCGUAGUUCUUUCGAAACUUUCUCAACUCCUCCUUGUUCCUAGUGUUUUGUCUCUUCACUAAUAUUUUAAGCCUUGGUAAGUUGUGUAACUGUCAUUUUGUAACGCAUAAGUAUUUAGCACAGUUUUGGAAGAAUUGUAGUUUGUUGUCGAUAAUUAGUCAUUGGGAGUUUGGAAUAAUCUGUAGCUCUGCUUAGAAGCUUAGCAUGAUUUCUCAAACUGUAUAAUCUCAGGGCUUUCCACUGUUCGUUGUUAUACCAUAGACAAUGUAAGAUUGUUUAUUGGCAUUUGCUUCCAAUUAGUAGUAAUA